CCGAUCAUCAACCGAGAGAGAGAGAGAGAGAGAGACAGCUUCGCCUUGUUUGGAUCGUCCUCCUCCUCCAGUUCCAUAACCCAAACCCAUACCCUUUUCCUCUGCUAUCAUUCUCUCUCUCUCUCUCUUCAUCUUCUUCAUUUUUCGGCCUUUAAUGCCCUAAUUUUCCUCCACUUUCUCUUACUUUCUUCCUCUAUUUCGUGAUUUUCCUUUUCUUCUUUUUCUCCCCCCCCAAAAAAAUGGGAAAAAAUCAAGCCUACAAAGCUAUGCAGCGAGCCAAGCUUGGCUCCAGCUCCGCCGGACCUGACGAGGUCGAGGAUGGCAUGGUGGAUGGUUCAUUUCAUUCACCAGAGUGGCAUGCUGCCCGUUUGGCCAGCCUAAAGACGUCUCAUACGAUUACCUGGGAAGAGUUCAAGAAAAAGCAAAAGGAAGAUGAAAUGCGAAAGGGAGAAUUGGAGAAAGAUACAGAUAGAAUGAUGAGAGAGUACAGAGCUCAACUGGAUGCUGAAAGGGCACGCAAGCUUGCCCAAGGAAGAAACCACUCUGGUAGCAAGUCUGAUCGCAAAAGAGAUAGAAAGGAGAAAGACUUGAAGAAACGCAGCAGCAAAAAGAGGAAGCAUUCAAGGAGGAGAUGGUCCGAAUCAAGUUCGUCAAGUUCAUCCUCAGACUCUUCUAGUAGUGAUGAAGAGAAGAAGGAAUCAAGAAGAUCGAAGUCUAGGUCUAAGAGAUCCAAGAAGGAAAAGAAGCACAGAUCAAGGACCAAGCACUCUGGCAGUGACAACGAGGCUGACGGUCCUGUUCCCCUUUCAAGAUUCUUCGAGAGUGUGAAGAGCUAAUAGGGGUGUAGCCACUCUGUAAUAAAUUAUCUAUUCCUACAAUAGGGCAUCAUGAGGCUUUUUCUUUAAUGAUUUCCUUUUGGGUUUAUAGAUUCAAUUGUUUCUUAGGAUUAUAUUCCUCAUUGAUAAUAUCUUUUCUUUGGCUUGACCAGUUAUAGUAUCUAUCUAGUUGCUUUAAUAUGAGCAAGGUCUGUGCUUCUUUCUUUGGUAGAAAGACUGGUACAAAUUCAUCUAAACUGUAAUGAGCUCCAUAAUAUCAUUUGAUGUAACCAUCGCAAGUGUAAUGAGCUACAUAAUUUCCUAAUAACUUUUGGUGGGCAAAG